AAGUCCAGGAAGAAUUGCUGAGGCUUUUGAGGUAAACACAGAUAAAGCUGUUCACCAAGACGCCCCUACGCAGUGAGUGGUCCUGACUUUAGCCUGUCGAGAUGGCGGAGAGCAGAGACAAAACCACCGACCAGAUGAAGUUGUGGAAGGAGAAUAGAGGCUCCCAGAAACCAGAUGUACUGACCACAGGAGGGGGCCAUCCCAUUGGAGACAAGCUCAACCUGCAGACUGCAGGACCGCGAGGCCCUCUGCUUGUGCAGGAUGUGGUCUUCACAGAUGAGAUGGCCCACUUUGACCGCGAACGAAUCCCAGAGAGAGUGGUGCACGCUAAAGGCGCAGGGGCGUUCGGCUACUUCGAGGUCACUCACGAUAUUACUCGCUACUGCAAGGCCAAGGUGUUUGAACAUAUUGGAAAAACGACCCCCAUUGCUGUCCGUUUCUCUACUGUGGCUGGGGAGUCUGGUUCUGCUGACACCGUCCGAGAUCCCCGAGGCUUUGCUGUAAAGUUUUACACCGACGAGGGUAACUGGGACCUGACGGGAAAUAAUACCCCCAUUUUCUUCAUCAGGGAUGCGAUGCUUUUUCCAUCCUUCAUUCAUUCCCAGAAGCGCAACCCUCAAACCCACAUGAAGGACCCUGACAUGGUGUGGGAUUUCUGGAGCCUAAGGCCUGAGAGUCUGCAUCAGGUGUCCUUCCUGUUUAGUGACCGAGGUUUGCCUGAUGGCCACCGCCACAUGAAUGGCUACGGCUCCCACACCUUCAAGUUGGUCAACGCUGAUGGCGAAUGUGUCUACUGCAAGUUCCAUUACAAGACUGAUCAAGGGAUAAAAAAUCUGUCGGUGGAGGAGGCAGACCAUCUUGCUGCCACCAACCCUGAUUAUGCCAUCGGAGACCUGUUCAAUGCUAUCGCAAACGGCAACUUUCCAUCCUGGACAUUUUACAUCCAAGUCAUGACCUUUGAACAGGCUGAGAGGUUCCAGUUCAACCCCUUCGAUCUUACUAAGGUGUGGUCACACAAGGAGUACCCCUUGAUCCCAGUGGGCAAGCUGGUCCUUAACAGGAACCCGGUCAACUACUUUGCAGAGGUGGAACAGCUGGCCUUUGACCCCAGCAACAUGCCACCAGGCAUUGAGGCCAGCCCUGACAAGAUGCUGCAGGGUCGGCUCUUUUCCUACCCAGACACACAUCGUCAUCGGCUGGGAGCCAACUACCUGCAGAUCCCGGUCAACUGUCCGUUCAGGACCCGCGUGGCUAACUACCAACGUGAUGGUCCGAUGUGCAUGUCUGAUAACCAGGGUGGCGCUCCAAACUACUAUCCAAAUAGCUUCAGUGCCCCACAGACCCAGCCUCGCUUUGUGGAGUCCAGGUUCAGGGUUUCGCCUGAUGUCGCUCGUUACAACAGUGAAGAUGAAGAUAAUGUGACGCAGGUCCGUGCCUUUUACACCCAAGUGCUGAAUGAAGACGAGCGCCAGAGACUGUGCCAGAACUUUGCAGGAUCCCUGAAGGGAGCCCAGCUCUUCAUCCAGAAACGAAUGGUUGAAAACUUGAAGGCCAUCCAUCCAGACUACGGAAACCGGGUUCAGACCCUGCUCAACAAGUAUAAUGCAGAGGCCAAAAAGAACACAAAUGUCCGUGUCUACAGCCGUCCAGGAGCUGCUGCCAUCGCCGCGUCCUCCAAGAUGUGAAGCCUUAGAUCUGCCGCCCCUCACUGCCCCGAGAGCAGCUCCCGCCACAUGGUUGCCACCUGGUUCUCCUAGAAACAAGAUCUGACUAAAUGUGCUAAUUACUGUCGCAGAUAUGGUUGCUAAAGUGCUUCUGCUUGGUUUCGAUCCAUUCCAAAAAGUUGAUGCCUCGGGGCAGGUAACCUUCAUGAGCUUCAUACUCUGCAUUGAAUCCUGUCGGGUAACACCAUUGUAGUUAGGCUACAGUUUUAUUAAAUUACCUUUUAAUAACUUGAUGCCUUACAAUGUAAUCAUUACCGUUUCAAUGUGAAUGAAUUAACCAACAAUGUAUCCUUUCUCCUAUAUUGUAAUAAUUUACAAAGUUUGUAAAAACUGAAAAGAAAUUAAUAUUGAAACUACAAUUGUUUAAAAAGAUCCUGAUCUCUGUCUGGCUUGUACUGAACAGCGGCUGAUUAGCUGGUUUAACAAAAGAAAGGCUCUGGUACAGGCAGGAAGUCUGUUUCUGCUGGGGACAAUGCUAAUUUCUGCUUUAACUCAGACUUGACUGAAUCACUGACUGUUGAAUAUAACGAUCAAAAUCUGUUUUCAAAUAAUAAAAUCAUUUUAAAAAUA